AUGGGGGGUACAAAGGCUUGGGAUGUUAAUGGGUAUAAGCUAUGGUAUUCGAGGGGUGUUGGCAGCAAGAACGGGGUAGGUAUUUUAAUUGAUAGGGAUCUCAGAGAGUUAGUGGUUAAUGUCAGAAUGGUGAAUGAUAGGUUGUUGAUUAUUAAGCUAGUGGUUAAUGGGUUCACUUUUAACGCGAUUAGUGCUUAUGCGCCUCAAGCAAGAUUGAGCAGGGAGUCCAAGGAGGUUUUCAUAGGGGAUUACUUCAGGGAGACGGCUAGGGGUUAUAACAAGGUUCAUGGCAGGUUCGGUUUCGGGGUUAGGAACGAGGGCAGUACUUCGUUGUUAGAUUUUGCAAACAUUUUUGACUUGGUACUAGCUAACAAGGGUUUUCAGAAGAGGGAGGGACACUUGGUCACUUUUCAGAGUAGGGUUGCCAUGACUCAGAUUGAUUAUCUUCUCCUCGGGAAAGGCGAUAAGGGUCUUUGUACGGAUUACAAGGUUAUCCCGAGGAAGAUGCUAUGGAGGUUAGGGGUCUCGAAGGGUUACUUGGGUGGCCACAAAGGGGACUGGUGGUUUAAUGAGGAGGUCCAAAGAAAAGUGGAAGCUAAGAAAGCGGCAUAUUUGAAGCUAGUAUGGAGCACGGAUGAGGAAAAGCAGAGCUUGCAUAUGGAGUGUUAUAAGAAGGCAAGGAGAGAGGCGAAGCUUGUGGUCACGACGGCUAAGACUGCAGCUUUUGAGAGAUUGUAUAAGGAUCUUGAGGGCAAAGACGGGGAUAGAAAGCUGUACAAGUUAGCCAAGAUUAGGGAGAGGAAGGAACGAGACCUGGAUUGA